UCGGUGAUUGUUUGUUUUGGUGUAGCGCUUAAAAUAAUGCAUUUAAUCGGUGUUUUGUCCAAGCAUUCAGCUAAAUAUUAUCGAACUAUUGUAGAACAAGUUACCCAUCCCCUGAGAAAUAUAUCGAUCAGUGGCUACCGCAAAGUGGAACCCGUUUUAAACGGGGCUUAAGUUUUUCCGCUCGAAGAAUACCUAACCUCACUUUCUGUUUCGUACGAAGGCCGAAUGUUUUGAUUGCGUUUUGGACGUCCGGCAAUCUCCCGGUUUGUUUGUUUUGAUUUGGGAGAAACAAAUCCUAUGCAUCUAUUGCGUGAACACAUGAUGGACAAUGAAGCUAGUAUGAAGUGCUUACCGGUAAUAAUCGAUUCGCCAUCCGAUGUCGCGAUGAAGCGUUGUUCGGCAGAUGAAAAAUCCGGAAAAGCGUCCUUCAAUGGCAGCAGUAAGCCAAAGGACCAAAAUAGUGGUAACGAGUUGAAGUUGGUAAUGGAACCUCAAAAUCCUUCACCCACGAAGUAUUUCGACAUCAACGGUGUACCACUGCGCAAGGGAUUGGAAAAUGGUAGCCUUGAACAAAACUCCGACACGGACCAUCAAGAAAAACGAGGAAGUAAAGUGAGCAUAACGUGUUGCAACUGUGAGAAAACAUUUACUUCCAGAGCGGCAUAUGAGCUGCAUUACCGCAAAACCUAUGAGCAGGAUCCGGUUUAUGUGUGUACAGUGUGUGGCAAGCGCAUCAAACAGUAUAGGGCGUAUCAGCUACACAGUUACCGGCACAGCGCAAACCAACGAUUUAGCUGUCCAGAUUGCUCUAAAACGUUCCACCAAAAGUCGGAUCUCACUCGUCACCAAAACAUCCAUCAACCCAACAACGGAUCUGGAUCCUCGAAGGAUCGCAGUUCGAAAAAUGAGGAAGUAAAGCUGCAAGCAAUACCCUGCCCAAGGUGUGAUGCGAUCUUUGCAACACAAGCUGAAUUUAAGGAACACUCCAGAAAGCUUCAUAGAACCCCAAAACAGUUGGUAGACUGUCCGGACUGUGGAAAAUCUCUUUCUACCGGAAGCCUCUACUCUCAUCGCAAGAUACACUCCGAAAGUCCAAAGUUUUCCUGCCCUGAAUGUGGACGUACGUUUGUGCAGAAAAUUAACCUCAUUCAGCACCACAAAACGCACCUGGGCGACCGUCCCUUCCAGUGUGGCCAGUGUGAUAAAGCAUUCUGUGAAAAGGCGCACCUUCAACGUCACCUUAACUAUCAUUCGGAAGAGCGACCGUACCGCUGUGAGCUGUGUGGCAAAUGUUACAAAACGGAACGCUGCCUAAAGGUGCACUCGGCCGUCCACAAUAACGAGCGUCCGUUCGUUUGUCCCGAGUGUAACAAAGGGUUUCUCAGCAGCUCUAAGCUGCGCCAGCACAGCAACAUCCAUUCCGGGUUGCGACCGUUCAAGUGCAAGUAUUGCACGCGGGAUUUCACCAACUUUCCCAACUGGCUCAAGCACAUCCGGCGCCGGCACAAGGUAGACCAUCGUACCGGCGAAAAGUUGGACAGUGUGCCAAAGUUUAUGACAAAGAAAAAGGGCGGCGAAGGCGUGCGCAAAAAGGAACCUUCUGAACCCCGAACGUCUGGGUUGGACAGGUCGAAAAAGCGCACGGUUAAAAUGCCGAUCAUAGCUCUGCCGGAUGUGCUGAAGGAUGAGUCGCUACCAUACUUUAGUGAAAGCUCCAACAUCGAUCUCAACUUAGUAUGUAAGGAUGAUCUUCUGCAGCCGCUUGCGGACGAAAUUGAGGACAUAUUUCAGUGUUUACCGUCUGACGAGUCGAAGCUAAGCAUUCCGGAACCGUUGGAGCAGCUAUGCAACUCGAGCGUUUCAGACGAACAACAGAAGCGUUUGGGAAGUAGCAGCUUGCUGUCGCCGGAAGAGGAUUGUGAUUUUAUUAUUAGAAGCCCAAUCGAGCAUCCAGACGUGUCUACAGAUCUCAUUAAGCAUGAACUUCCCAGCAACGUAUUGUCCAGUUGCGAGAAAGAAACAUUCACCGGGCCUUUGCUGUACGAUACUCAUCUGUCUAUUCUGCCAACAAUGGCAGCUUUCUGCAACAGCGAAGAACAGCAGUUCCGGCUUAUAAAUCCUCAUUUCAUACACCUAACUAGUAGUACAACAUUUCUUGGUGGAAGUUCCAGGAUGUCACCGGACAACAGCUCUGUGCCGGUUUCCAUCGGUGAAUGAUAGCUUCCACUCUCCGGCCCGGCAUCGGUUUCGGUUAUUGGGCUGUUAGUAGCGAGAGGUUUAUAUGUUUUUUUUUGUUCUUUCCCCAGUGGUCAUAGUUUGAGAUACAUUGGGACUUACUCUACAUUUAUUUUGUAUCCAAUCGCCACGGGAUGUUUAUUCACUUUUUUCUUAUCUCUAACCUGAGUUCUAUAGUUCAGCGUGCUUUACAAAGAUUCAACAUAAACAGCCCAUUGCGAAUUAAGAUAAUAGGCUAGUGAUUAGAUAGCGUAAAAAAGCCCUCGAGAGGCAAUAUCGAUUCAAUCCAGUGUGUGAGUGAGUGUGUGUACACGCAAAGCAGAUAAAGAUCGAUGAUAAUUCCUUUUUUUACUAAAAUCCACAACGCUCCAAAAUGCUGAUUGACUGAACUGAAAAAUGG